CGGCAUCGGGAGGGUAUCGGCAGGAUCUGUACUAUUGGAUUAGCCUUAUAUUACAUUCAAGUGGUUGUCGAGUGACUCUUCCCCAGUUAUCCAGCUUGUACUCUAGGAAACAUGGCCUCAACAAAGCGUCGUAUCGAGACAGAUGCUUAUGUCGGACUACGAGGUGACUCUCGUAAAUGAUAACAUGCGCGAGUUCUACGUCCGCUUCUAUGGUCCUGGAGAAACACCGUUUGCGGGCGGUAUAUGGAAGAUUCACGUCGAGUUGCAGGCGGAGUAUCCAUACAAGUCGCCAAGCAUAGGAUUUAUGAACAAGAUCUUUCAUCCUAACAUAGAUGAGCUGAGUGGCUCUGUAUGCCUGGAUGUCAUUAACCAGACGUGGUCGCCUAUGUUCGAUAUGAUCAACAUCUUUGAGGUGUUCUUGCCACAACUGCUGCGGUACCCCAAUCCUAAUGAUCCAUUAAACGGCGAAGCUGCCGCGCUGAUGAUGCGACACCCGAAGGAAUACGAGGCCAAGGUGAAGGAGUACGUACAGCGAUUCGCAACCAAGGACAUUGUGGAUGCCUCAACAGACGGCAAUGAAGACGAUGCAGACGAAGAGAUGAGCGACAUCGGCAGCAUUAGUGAGGAUGAAGAGUAAGAGUCUUGAUAUCUCUUCUGCUGGCAUGCCUUUUCUCCCGCACUUUUCAUUACUGGUUCCUUGCACAACACUCAUAUCAUUUCACAUAUCAUAUCCAUUCUGUACUCCACCUGACCUUUCCAUUUCUGUGUUAUCUGCUAUCAUCAUUCAAUUUGC